CCAUCUCCAGAAUUUAAACCAAAAGAAAAAGGAGUAGAAGUAUCUACAUAAAUAAUAGAUAAUGAAUUAUUUGAUUACAUGUUAGAGGUGGAGCCUAUAUUAUAAGUUUUGAUAGGAAAAACAAUGGAUUAAGCUCGAAUGGAGUUAAUAGAAGAAUAUGAGCAAGUUGAAUUUUUGAAACAUAAAGCUUAAUAUGAAAUAAAAAGAAACGCAGAAUUAAUGGUUACUUAAAGAAUGGAAGCAGCACAUAUAAGAAGAUAAGAAGAAAAAGAAAGAAGAAACUGUCAACAUAAAUUAAAUAGAGAUUAAUAAAUAUAUAUUCAUAAAAAAUUAAUUAGUAGAUAAUUAAUAAAAAGAGCUUUAAAUGAUGUAAAAUCUAAUUCUCUAAAAGAUCUUUAAAACUUAGGGUAUUUAAGUGAUUAAACAGUCAGUAAAAUAAGAGCAAAUUACUAUCCAUUAAUAAUUGAAAAUGCUGUUAAUUUAAUUCAUAAUAAUGAAUAGUAAUAAAAAAAUAUAGAUAUGCUUUUGAACAAAAUAUAAAACAAUGUAUAAAGCUUGCAUUAAUAAAAUUUAUAAAAAUAAAGAUAAAAAAAAUAAGAUAUUUUUGAUGAAAGAGAAAAAUAAAGAAUAAAAAAAGAAAUUAGAAAAUAAAAAAAAAAUGAAUGGAAAAGAAAAAUGGCUUUAAAUUAAAUUAGAUAAUAAAUUUUAAAUAAACUAUAUGAAAAUAUAAUAAAUAAAUCUGAAAAAAUUGAAUAAAUCUAAAACGGAGAUUUCACAGAUAUUACAGGAGACAACAAAAAGACUCCAAUAAUACCUGUAUUUGGUGGAUUAAUAGGUUAAAUAUGGACUUCAAUCGAAUCUUAUAAUAGAAAUUUAUAAGAUAAAUUAAAUGAUAAUAAUAUUCAUGAUAUAGUAAAUAGUUUUCUUACUAAUUUAAAAAAUGGAUUAACAAUAAGAUUGAAUUAAAAUGAGAAAUAAUUUUAUGAAGAUAAAGUAAAAGAGCUAGAAAGUAAAACUGAAAAUUUGAAUGAAGAACGUGCAAAUUUUGUCAAUGAUCUACUUUAAAAUGAAUAACUCUAUUUUUUUUAAAAUACAACUAUUGAUUUUAUUCGAUAUAAUUUAUUAAAUUCAGAAACAGAAAUAUAGGAAUUAAAAAAAAUAUACAAAGUAUUAUUCACAAACUUAUCAAUUAGCAUAAAACCUGAUUUAGUAGAAAAUGGAGAAGAAAAAAAUUAUAAAUAAAAAAUGUUUUUUGUAUUUGAUAAUUUAGAUAUGUAUAUAUAAGAAUAAAUAAACAUAAUUUUAAAUAUAAGAAUACCUUUUUUAACGGAAGAAGAAAUGCAGGCAGUAAAAGAAAAAGAAGAAAAAGAAAAAAAAGUAUAAAUGAAUGAAUCAACUUAAAAUUUAUAAUAAUCAUUAUAAUAUUAAUAAUAAUAAUAAUAAUAAUAAUAAUAAUAAUAAUAAUAAUAAUAAUAAUUAUUAUAAUAAUCUUAAUAAUUAUAAUAAUUAUAAUUGUAAUAAUAAAAAAAAGAAGAAGAGAAAUUAAAAUAUGAUGAAUUUGUUGAUAUUUAUAAUGGAGAAGGAUAUUAAAAAGAUUUAGAUAAUUAUUUGAAAAAUUCAAGAA